UCAGUAAGCCAGUAGUUGGGUUAAUGGUUUUGGACUGUGCCUUAAUCUAACUUGAUUUGAAUAAGCCAACCAAUAAUUUUUUAACCCAGUGGUUUGGUUACAUUCAAGUUUCCUCCCCCAACUGUCUUUUUCGGAGGCGGGAGACCACUUUUGGAAACGUCAAACUGAAGUUAGCAGAAUAGCAACAUCUGGAGCUGAUGGACACUUUUGCAGCUGGUCAUGGACAUAGUGGAGCCCAUCCUGUCCAUCGCCUUAACAAUCUACGACCUGGUUGAGAAAGUGAAGGCCAAUAAGAAGCAAUGCUACCGUGUUCGUGACCGGGUCAAAGCACUGGAGAAUGUGGUGAAGUCCAUCAGAACGCAGAAACAGGGACAGACCUCUGCCGACUUAAAAAGAACCCUCCAGGAACUUUCCACUACGCUGGACUCGGCAACGGUUCUCAUCGAGAAAUUCACCUCGUCCACCUGGGUGAAGCGCGUCCUACAAUCCAGCAACCACCAAGACGAGUUCCAAAGUUUGAAUGAACGCCUCAAUGAUGCCUUCCAGGUCCUUUCUUUAAAUCUGGCCGUGGAUCAGAAGGAAAUGCUGAUAAAGGUGUUUGACCAGACGUCCAGAGAGAAAGAAGAUGAGGCGGACAGGAAGGAGGACAACACCGAGCUGGAGAGAUAUCCUUAUGCACUGCAGGACACCCUUGUUUAUGACUUGAAAGCGUUCAGGGGAGCAUGCUCAGGGAGCAUCAGAGGGAGACGCUUGAUCGGAGUCAACAUGGAAAAGGUCGUGGCGAUCUUGAAUAAGCCGAGCAUCACUGAGGAAGCCAUCCGAAUGAUCAAACCAGACGAGCUGACCUACACUGAUUUUCCCAAAGUGCCCUUCAUAAAAACAGAAACAUCAGAGUUGUUCAAAGGAACUUACCUCCACUUCCCGGUGGCCAUCAAGAGAUACAUUGAGACUCUGAACACCAGCCCAAGCAUGGUGAAGAAGAUUUUCGAUAAGGAGGUUCAAACCAUGAGGCGUUUUGAGUCGCCCAACAUCCUGCGAAUGUUUGGCAUCUGUGUGGAGGAGGGACCCAACCCUCAGUUCCUCCUCAUCAUGGAGUACUGUGAGAUGGGAAAUCUCCGUCAGGUUCUGGACAAUAAAAAACUCACACUUUCAUGGGCCACGAAGACUCGUAUGUGUCGGGACGCGGCGCGCGGACUCUACCGGCUGCACCACACUGAAGACAAAUCUAAGGUUCAUGGAUCCAUCAACAGCAGCAAGUUCCUGGUGUCUGAUGGCUACAUAGUCAAGCUUGGAGGCUUUGAGCUGGCAAAAACUGAGACAUCGCUGAGAAAGACAACAAAGACAAACGCGCACGGAUGUCUGGCCUACUCCUCUCCGCAGAUGCUGCUCGACAUCAACUACAAGUACAGCAAAGCGUGCGAGAUUUACAGCUUUGGAAUCGUCAUGUGGGAAGUCGCGACCCGUAGCAUACCCUAUGAAGGUUGGUCAAAUAAGGACUUCCUUGAGAAAGUGGGCAAAGAGAAAUACCGACUGCCGCUCCCUGACGAUUGUCCUAAACUGCUGGGAGAUCUGAUCAGCGCCUGUCUGGCCCACGAACGCUUCCAGAGACCAUCCGCUGGAGAGCUGGCGGAUAGACUGCAAACUGUGUUGGGAAAGAUAGAGGAGUGAUAAAAGGCUUCAUCCCUCGGCCUCUCCGUCAGCAGGACUCAGGGUUUUCUGGUCAGGGACAUCCUCACUAUCCACUAUCCACUAUCCCUUUAUUGUAAUUGCAUGAUUCCUGCAGUGCGAUUCAGGUGUACUACCUGAGACUGCUCAAAAAAAUACCUGUCUUACAACAUACAUUCACAAUUGUCAACAUAUGCAUGAGUUAAAAAAAGAGGUGUGUGUGUUGUUGUUAAGCCAGAGUCAGGCUGUAACUUGAUGAAAACUUCUGUAUAAUCCACACAACAAAAUGUACACUAAAAGCCAUACUUUAUUUCCCAGUU